AUAUCUGCAACAACAGAAUUUGCACUUGUCUACCAUCAACAGCCAAUCAAAUAAUGCUUCCUAUCAAAAUUCCCACCAUUACUUUCUCCAACCAGCACAAAACACAAACAAAAACAACAAAAAAAAAACUAAAAAACAAUUGUUUCUGGGUUUACUUUAGAGAAGAGAGAAACACAAGGCUCCUCCUACUUGGCACAAUUGGCCUAGUCAGUGCCACACUCUCAUUCAAUGGUGGGUGCAUUCUCAGGCCAAACCCAAGGUCUCAAGCCAACAACACCACCAGCAACCACUGCUCUGUUCAACCCAUCUCUCUCAUCAUCAUCUGAACUGCUUUCAACUUCUCAUCUAUCACUCUUCAAGAACUCCACUUCAAUUGCCUGUGGAUUUUCUUCAAAGCAAGCUUCUUUUCUCAGAGGUCAAUUCUGUAGCAGACACUUUCUUGGGUUUGAUUACAAUCUUGCUCGAAGAAAACAAGCAGGGCAUGUUGUUUCACCAUACUGCAUCCUUCCGUUAACUGAAGAAAAUGUAGAGAAGGUCUUGGAUGAGGUACGACCUGGCUUGAUGGCUGAUGGUGGGAAUGUGGCACUACAUGAGAUAGAUGGCCUUGUUGUGGUAUUAAAACUGCAAGGAGCUUGUGGGUCAUGUCCAAGCUCAACAAUGACACUAAAGAUGGGAAUUGAGACCCGCCUGCGAGAUAAAAUACCCGAGAUUAUGGAAGUAGAACAGAUUCUGGACAGAGAGACAGGUCUUGAGCUAAAUGAGGAAAAUGUAGAAAAGGUUCUUUCUGAGAUUAGACCAUAUCUUGCUGGCACAGGAGGUGGGAUCCUGGAGCUUGUACAGAUCAAUGACUACGUCGUCAAAGUUCGGUUAAGUGGACCAGCAGCCGGGGUCAUGACAGUUCGUGUUGCUCUAACACAAAAACUGAGGGAAAAAAUACCCGUUAUUGCGGCUGUUCAGUUGAUAGAAUGAUAAUAUACCAUCAAAAGUAAAUCUAUUGUGAAUGUAUGAUGCAGAGAAUGGAAAAAUUGUUCGGCCAGUUUUCGUUGCAUUAUACUCAUCAACGCCUGAAAAUACAUGGUUCCUCGUUACAUUGUAAGCUUCUUUGUAACUUACACGAAAAACAUUGCAAGUCUUAUGUAACUUGUUUUCUGCUUGUAGCGAUUA